AUGGCCUCCCCCCUCCCCCCAAACGGCCGCCUAGUCAAUAUCGGCACCCACUCCCUAGCCAUCUACGCUCACGGUCCAGACCCAAGCAGUCCCGCCGAACCCGUCGUGCUCUUUGUCUCCGGUGUGGCCAGCGAUGCUCUCAACUGGCAAGCCGUAUUGCGGAGCUACAUGUACGACCGCUCCGGCAACCGCCACUCGGACCCCUCACCCAACCCACCAACAGCCGAGAACAUCGCCCAAGAACUCGCCCUCCUCAUUGAACACGCUCCCAUACCUAACCCACUCAUUCUCGUGGGCCACUCUUGGGCUGGUGUGCUCACGCACGAAUACUUUGCCCUCAAAGGCAUCAAGCAGGUCGCGGGUCUGGUCCUUGUGGACGCGAACCAUGAGACGGCGCCGCUCGUGCUAGAUGUCAACGACCCCAUCCUCUGGAAAAAGAUUGCCGCCGGAGUCAAAACAUACGACGGCUGGGGACUGACGACGUCACAUAAGCUCACAAAAGAAGAAUGGGACGCCUUUAUCGCGGAGGAGGCCACAGAGAAACACAAGCUGAUUGCACAACGAGAGGAUUUCGAGGGUUACGCGCAAAGUUUCGAGACGCUUAGGAGUAAGGGCCUGGCAAAGAAGCAGCCGCUUCUUGGGGACAAGCCAGUGUGUGUGAUUGUGGGCACGCGGAGCAGGGACUGGAGCGGGCUUUACGCUGUGGGCGUCGCGAAGGGGAAUGGGACGGAGGAGGAGAGGAAGCACGUGAGAGAUAUGAUUGAGGGCGUUGAUGCGAAAACUGAGAAGCUCAUGAGGGAGUUUUUGAAGCUCUCUAGAAAGAGUGAUAUUGUGUUUGCGAAGGAGAGUGGGCAUUUCGUGCAGAUGACGCAGCCAGAGAUCGUUGUUGAUGGAGUAAGGUGGGUGCUAGAUAACCAGCCGGCGACUGAGCAAAGAGAGUAG